AAACUUAAGUGUAAUUUCUGUAUGGUUGUUGUAAUUAUUUUUUUCAAAUCCACAUUUUAAGCGGUUGGUUUGAUAUUAAAGGUAACGCGUGGUUUCCAGUGCUGCAAUUCCACAGUCCAACACAGGCGGCGCGUGACGCAUGCAUGUUGUGCACGCCACGAAAUGUGAACACAGACAGGGCACCAAGCGAGGACAGAACGGGACCAGAUCGUAAAUAUUCAUCUUUAAACUGUAACAUCAUAUCGUCUUGUCUCUCAGUCGUUUUGUGAGUCGAUUUAUCACAAUGUUAACGUGCUGACAGAAGUUUAGCAUGUCUGCAAGAAACGGCGUGACAGGAGUCGUUUAGUUUCAUUUUCUUUAACCAAAGCCAUGCUGUUGAUUUGUUCAAGUAGACUUUUAAAAGUAAGACGUUUCAAACUGGUUCAGAGGGCUAUAAUAAUAUCAGAUGAUGUGCACGUUGAGAAAACGCUGGGCUCACACAGUGCGCAUGAGAACGAAGUUUCACCUAACGUUAGUUGGGUAAACACAACGCCACCGUCUGACACGCUUUCAGAUGCCGAUAGAUUAAUUCACAAACUGCAUCUGGACGCAUGCAAGAAUCAGGAAGAAACAUACCUGGACCCCAUCACUGGCUACAAGGUGUUCACUGAAUUUGCUCAUACGACAAGAGGAAAAUGUUGUGGGAGUGCUUGCAGACAUUGCCCGUACAGACAAAUUAACGUGAAGGAUCCGUCUAAGAAGAAAACCUUCAACUCGUUGUUUUAUGUAUAGCAGUAAAUGUAAGGAUCCACCGCAGCUCGUUCUUCUCUGCUUCCAUACAGAAUUUAAACUUCAUUUAGAGCGCGCUCUCCAUUCACUUCGUAUGAAAUGAUGAAAUACGCUACACCAGAUGUGCAACCCACACUCCAGGAAAUGGUUUGAAUCACAUCUAUCUACUGUGAUUUGACAAUCAGGAGCUUGUAUGCUCCUCUGUCAGAUGAAUUCCACAAGUGGGAAUUUUCAUAUCCUUACAGGCGAUCUUAAUUUUGACAGCUGUCAAUUCUGACUGUGUGCUAAAUGAUAGACCAAGGAAGCACCAUUGAGAAUAAUGUCCUCUUACAUAUGUUUUUUAUUAUAAUUACAAAUAAAGGCUUCUUUUGAUUAUAUAUUAUAUUACGUUUGUACGUAUACUGUAAGAAACUGAAAUUGCAUAGAGUAUAUGUAAAGAAUUGUCAGUAUUUAAUUAAAAUGGCUUUUUA